UCUUGUCAUUUGGGGCAAGUCGCUGCACCUCUCUGUGCCUUAGUUUUCCCACUUGCAAACCUGGAAUGCUGCUUGUCUUACAGGAGGAUAUAGAGGCUUAAUUACUCUUUGUAAUUUGAGAAACUCAGAAGAGGUGUCCAGAGGAAUGUAAGCAUGAAGCGGUUCAUGGCGCUGCUUAAUAAAAAUAAAAACAAGGACCCUCCACAGGCCAAGCUGCUGGAUCUAGCAGGACAACUCUGCCACGAUCUUCAGAGCAUGUCUCCCAGCCUGGAGAAGCUGGUUGAGGCAAUGAUGGGGUGCAAGCUUCAGGAAUAUUUCCUCACCAACAUCAAUGUAGUCCGAGCCUGUGUGCUUGUCCAUAUCCACAGAGGUCAGCAUGACACAGCCUGCAGACUCCUGGAGUGUUGCAGGGCGAAGGAAAAGAAGGAGCUGCUGCAACUUUGGAAUGAGAUCCACUACCACAAAGUCAUGGAGAAACACCACACAGAUUCCCUGACACCGGUGCAGAAAUUCCGGUGCAGGAAGAGGAAUCCUCCACCAGUUUCCCUGUGUCCUGAAGGCAUAAAGAAUCGAAACUAUCCAGAAAGAGUGCGCCAAAAGCUGCACAGAUUUGCUGCAAACGUGACAAUGAAUCCAAACAAGGAUCAGCGGGAGAGUUUGGCUCAGGAUAUGAACCUGCAGCCAAGUCAGGUCUAUAACUGGUUUGCCAAUUACCGUCGUCGUCAAAAAACGCGGCUCGGUCGGCUGGAAAAGCUCAUCAGCUCAAUCGAUGAGGAGCCUUCAACUCACCAAGCAAGACAUCAGCUUGAUAGUGGAUCCUGCAUUCCACAAGCUGCAGAGGCAUUUCAUGCAGUCAUUGGCUCAGAGCAGAAAGAGAUUAUUACCCUUGGGCCCUGUGGUCCUGGGUGGGAACAUUCAGCUGCGGGUCUGGACUGUUCUGCUGAUGGGACCUUUUCAAAGUUGCUGGAACCCAGCUUUCUGCAGAGCAGUGAGUUACAGGAAAUGAGGUCAACUAAAACUUCAGUGACCCCUCUCAACACUGAAGAGCCAGCAGCUUUCUGCACUAAGACUGAGCAUGGACUAAGCCUUAGCUCUGCCACCAUGGAGACCAGACAGACGUCAAGUUACACUGCCACUAGCCCCUGUCUGGAGAACUUUGUCCUGUGCUCCUGUGGCUCACAUCCCUUCCAAACAGAACAUCUGGACGCAAGGCAGCCAACUCCCAGUGCAGAAGGAGUCUCUGGUGCAAGCAGCCAGUGCCCCCUGUGGAGCCCUGGUACAGCAGUUCCCCUCAGGCUGUGCUUGGCAAAUCCCAGUGCCCACCAGUUUCCACAUCCCAUCUGGAGGAAAUCCAGGCCUUGGGACACAGCGAGGUGCUGGAGAAUCCACUAAGCGAUCCCAUGACCAGCGACACAUUCUGGGCAGCGUGGCUACUCUUUGAAUUCUCAGUCGGUGGUCGGAUGUAACUCGCACAGUGAGACUUUGUAUGAUGGUCUGCGGUUCUGCAGUGAUUGCCCCUUUCUUGCCAAAAGAGGCAGUCCAAUAACACAAU